GAAAGCGAUAAAAUCCCAGUGGCUGUCAAAAAAACCAAUUAUUGGCACAUAUUUAAUUGGGUGUAAUUAAUAAAUUAAAUUAAAAUGGUAAUCAUUGAAAAUUAUUAAUAAAUAAUGUCGGUAUUGUGUUUUAAAAAAAAUUGAAGAAGUAAAUUAGGAAUAUAAACUUUAAAAAUUCUGGUAUUAUUUUUUAGAUGAGUGAGAGAAAUACGUCAGCCGGUGGCUCUUUUCUCUCACCAAUGCCACAGGAAAGACACUCGGAUGUUGAUCGUUACCAUCGGCGACCAACUGUGCCUGCUCCUAAAUCACCAACGCUGCCAGUACCACGGUCACCCGCCGUUCCAAGGUCACCAUCGGCACCAAGAACACCAUCGGUACCAGCAACAAGAACACCAACGGCCCCUCCUACAAAACCCUGGCAAAAGGAGGAGGAGAAGGAACCUUCCCACAGGAUCAUUGUUGGCGCAGCUUGUAAGGCUCAGCUUCAGCUUGUCGAUAAAGAUGUCAUGACCGGAAGGACAUAUAUUAAAGCUCUGGAUGACAGAUUUCAGGAGCUCCGCAAAAACCUUAGAAAUGCUUUGAGAGAAUGUUGCCAGCCGGAUCCAAUUCAAACAUCCAACAGGAAAUGUUCUAGUAUAAUAUCAAGCACGGAAGUGAAAGGAUCGGAAUUGAUAAUGCGUCCGAACGAAGCAAUUAUUGGAAAACUGGACGAGACAAGCUGGGACUCCACGAUUAAUUCAAUCGAACAAAUUCUACCCCAAAUUAUGAAGGGUAUGCCUACAAAGGACGUCGAUUCUAAAGUGGAGAGAGACCCGAAAUCUACCUGCGGAAGUUUCAGGAACUAUGGGCGUGGUCAACAGUAUGGAAGGAGGUUCUAUAGGGAAAUGUACGGCUAUGGAAAUCCGUAUGAUAGCGAUUUUGAUUCUGACUACGCUUAUGAUCGGAGAGAUCGGAUGUAUGGAAGAGGAUACGGUCGCUACAGAAGAGGAAGCGACUAUUACGAUCCCUACAUGGAUGACUAUUAUAGGUCACCUCGUAGACGUUAUGGUCGCCCCUAUCGGCAUUAUAGACAAGGCAAUAAAAAAGGUCGCGGAAAACCCCGACUCCGCAUAUGUAGUGCGAAAUGCAAAACAAGGCCUUGGAGCAGCAGAGAAAAAGCACGUGUUCAACGAAGAAAACGAGCCUACGAGUACAGGAGCUACGACGAUGACUCCUCCGAUACCUUUACUUCGCCCUCAGGAGACUCAUUCUCCUAUAGGCCAUCACGGUCGGAAACAGAUGAUGAGAGAUCCACUGUUAGGCGAUAUUCUAUUCCGAUAAGCCCUAGGGGUCAUCCUCGUGAACGAAGAUCUUUCAGCGUUAGUCAUCGUCAAUGCCACAACAUGCAUUGCCGAAGCUACGGUAGACAUUUUGGCGGACGAUAUGGUGAUCGGGGAGGGUAUUACGACGACUACGAUUCCUAUGAUUUGCCAAUGGAUCCAUACUACGGAGGAUACGACAGAUAUGCAAGGCGGCCUUAUCGAAGUAGACGCUACCGUCGUUAUGGUGGCAGAUACGGUAGACGAUAUGGCAGAUACCGAGAUGGAAUGCUCUAUUAUUACACCUCGGAUUGCGAUGACGAUUAUGAUUUUCCAUAUGACGAUGCUUACUCUAUGCAUCCUUACUCAGAGUUCGGCUCAACGGAUGACUUCUAUUACGGUAGAUAUCGAGGCAGGUACUGUCGAGGAAAAACUAGCAAACACCGUGAUGUAAGUGGAGAUCAAACACCCCAACCCAAACCAACUGAACAGAAAAAAUCUAGUGGAAAAUCUGAAGGCCAAGUGGAAGUGAAACCCUGUAGUCCACAGACCGGAAAAUGAGGACAAUUGACAAAUGUAUCAAGCAAAUUCCAGCUUACGGUCUAGCUGGACUUUGACUUCUUUAGGCGCACGAAAUCCAGGUGGUUCAGGACCUAUUGCACAGGAUUCUGAUGGUGGAAAAGAAUAACUGCAAGGACUCUUAGUAGAUGUAAUACCAUCAAAUAGGAUCGUAAGUUUACUCUCCAUUUGUCCAAGCAGACUCAGUAGUCUUAAGUAAUAAUUAUGAAAGUGGCAAAGUAUUGGGCCAAGAUAUACUUUGAAAAUUAUUUUUAAAUUAUUCAUAUUUUUUGUGAAGGUUUUUUUUCAAUAAAUGAGUUGAGUAUUUAACAGGAUUUAA